UGGCGUCGGUGUGGUAUUUUAACGUAACUGCAUAUGCCGUAUUCUUCUUGCUGGGCGGUUGGAACAUGAGUUGGGUAGUUGGUAUAGUCUCGAAAGCAUAUGGAGAAAUUCUAAGUGACGAACAAAUAUCGCCUCCAGCAGUGACAUUACCGCAAGGAACAAUUCGUGGUGCAAAGAUGGUCAGUUACCGCAACAAAACGUUCUUUGCUUUCAAUGGAAUCCCAUACGCAAAGCCACCCAUUGGAGAUCUCAGGUUCAAAGAUCCAAUGCCACCGGACCCUUGGAAUGGGACUAUAGAUUCAAACCAUGAAUCUGAACAAUGUAUUCAAUUUGAACCCCUCAUUUAUGAAGACACAACUGGAAAUGAAGACUGUCUGUAUCUUAACAUCUACACACCCCCGCUCUCCACUAGCAAUAACAUCAAGCAUUUGCCGGUAAUGGUGUACAUAUUUGGCGGACGAUUUGAAUUAGGAAACAUUACUUCUACACGAUGCGACCCACGUUUCAUUCUUGACAGAAACGUAAUCCUUGUCGUUCCUAGCUAUCGCCUUGGAGUGCUAGGAUUCCUCACCACGGGAGACGAAGUAUUACCAGGAAAUUAUGGCCUGAAAGACAUGGUUCAGGCUCUCAAAUGGAUUCAGGAUAACAUCCAGUAUUUCGGGGGUGAUGCCAACCGAGUGACUCUGUUUGGGUCAAGUUCGGGUUCAGUUAUGGUUCACCUGUUGACUUUGUCGAACUUGACUGACGGACUCUUCCAUAGGUACAUAUUGCAAAGUGGAACGGCGUUUACGCCCGCUGCUAUGACACCUAGAAGCGUAUCGUCGAAUCGUGCCAUUCGGCUUGGUCAAUAUCUAGCGUGUCCGACGGAUUCAUCAAAUAUGCUUGUUAAUUGCUUAAGAGGUAUUAGUGCAUCUAAGCUCGUCAAAAUGACCUCAAUG